AAGUCGAAUAACAAUCAAAACAGCAAAACAGCAAAACCGACUACUGUAAGUCCCCUGCUAGGCGGUGGUACCUAAGGCAGGUACCAGUGGGCGGAGUGACCGGCGGUACCUGAGGUGUCCAGGACGGUAAUCUUCCGUACAGCCAAUCAGCAGUUGGGCGCAGACGAUGACUGCCCGGUUAGUCGCCGUAAUGACGAUCGGCUGCCCCAGCGGCUCCAGUAGCGACUUUUUUCGUGCCGGCUUGAAACAGUGGUUCGAUGCCCCUGAUGACUUGGCGCCUUCUCAUGCUCAUUUGGUCUCUGGUCUAUCCUCUCUCUGGUCUGUCGGUCUGGCUGUGGUGUGCUGGGAAGCUGGCAGUUGGCAGCUGGCAGCUGGGAAGGAGGUGGUGUCGGCUGAUCCUGACCACUGCGCAAGACUCAAAUUAAGUAUACGAGGGCCGCUUGUAUUAUUAUAGUGGUAGUAAUCGACAGACAAGCAUGCACAAACCGGCACACCAAGCGAGUACGUAGUAGAUAUUCGGUUCUAGUGAACACUACUACAUAAGGUAUACGAUCG